UGGCAGUAAACAUCUUUGACAAUUUCCAUUCUUUGCCUAAACAAUUAAUUAUUUUAUUAACAUGAAAUAGCGGUUCGUAAAGAUUUCAAUUUUAGAGCGCGCUGUCAGCGUGCUCUCAGCCAAGGCCGUAUAGAGAUAGAGCCGCUCUCAGCUAAAAAGUUUGCAAUUAGUUUGCAGCUAAAAUAGAAUAAACACUUCGGACUUCUUUUCCUUGACAGAGGAGACCAACCAGGAUGGCACAACCGGCUAAGCCUCGUUUCUGGAAACCAGGUACAGAGGCGCCCGGCUCAUCCGAGGACAGAUCCGACGCCGACCCACUACAGAGCACCACCUUCAUAUACAACCCACACGUAUCGCUCGGCCUGCAGCAGCAGCGUCAGCGACUGCCCGUAUUUGGUCUGAGAAACCACCUGCUGCACGCCCUGGAGGAACACCAGACCCUGGUGCUCGUGGGGGAGACGGGCUCGGGGAAGAGCACCCAGGUGCCGCAGUACCUGCACGAGGCCGGCUGGACGGACGGCGGCCGGCUGGUGGGUGUCACCGAGCCCCGUCGGGUGGCCGCCACCACACUGGCUCAGCGCGUGGCAGACGAGGUGGGCUGCCUGCUGGGCCAUACGGUCGGAUACUCCAUACGGUUCGACGAGAGAUUCGACCCUACCGCCACUCGUAUCAAGUACAUGACGGAGGGUAUCCUGAUCCGUGAGAUGAUGGCCGACCCGCUGCUGACCAACUACUCCGUCAUCAUGCUGGACGAGGUCCACGAGCGAACCAUCAACACAGACAUCGUCAUGGGACUCAUGAAGAAAAUACUCAAGAAGCGGCGCGACCUGCGUCUGAUCGUAUCAUCGGCCACAGUUGACGCCGAGGAACUGCGGCGGUUCUUCAGUCUGGACGGCGACCGACCGUCGGCCACCAUACUGUCGGUGGAUGGGCGGCAGCACCCGGUCGAGGUGUACUACAGUCUGGAGCCAGUGCCAAACUACAUCCAGGCGUGCGUGGACACCGUGUGUCGUCUGCACACUACUGAGCCGCCCGGAGACGUCCUGGUCUUCCUCACGGGCCAGGAUGAGGUGGAUGAGGUGGUUAGGAAGCUGAGAGAGGCGCCCGACACGCCCAGGAAAGACAAGCUGCUACCGCUGCCAAUGUACGGCGCGCUGCCGAACGCCGACCAGCUGAGGGCGUUCCAGAGGGCGCCGCAGGGCCAUAGGAAGGUCGUGGUGGCCACCAACCUGGCAGAGGCCUCCGUCACCAUCCCGGGCAUCGUUUACGUGGUGGACAGCGGUUUCGUCAAGCUGCGCUGGUACAACUCGGACACCCACACUGACUCACUAGUGGUGUGUCCCACCUCGCGGGCCUCGGCCGAACAGCGGGCGGGACGCGCCGGCCGCGUCAGGUCCGGUAAGGUCUACAGACUGUACCCAGAGUCUGAGUUCACCUCCCUGCCGGAGCACACGGUCCCAGAGGUGCGCCGUUCGGACCUGGCCGCCUGUCUGCUGCAGCUGCGCGCCCUGGGCGUCUCCAACCCGGCGCGGUUCGCGCUGCCCUCCCCGCCGCCGGCCCGUGCCGUGCUGGCCGCCUGUGAGCUGCUUCACGCGCUCGGAGCGCUGGAUAUGAGCGGGGCGCUGACGGAGACAGGCGCCGCCAUGGCCGAGCUGCCGCUGCCGCCCACACACGCACGCAUGGUGCUGGCAGCAGACGAGUUUGGCUGCGGAGAGGAGAUUGCCACCCUGGUAGCCAUGCUGCAGGUGGACCAAGUGCUGCAGAGGCCACGAGCCGGUCAGGCCCUGCUCAAGGCCAGGAUGGCUCAUCGCACCUUUGAGGUGGAGGAGGGUGACACCAUCACCUACCUCAACAUCUACCGGUCGUUCGUCAAGCGGAAACGCUCCAAACAGUGGUGUGACGAGCUGUUUGUCCGCUACAAGGCUAUGCAGCGAGUGGAGGAGAUCCGCUCACAGGUUCUGAAGAUGAUGAAGCACGCCGGCUUUGAGCCCAAAUCAUGCGACGGCGACGUGGACGCGGUGAGCCGGUGUAUCACCGCCGGGUUCUUCCCCAACUGUGCCUACCUCCACCACAGCGGGACUUACCGCACCGUGAGGGGGGACCAGCCGCUGGCGGUACACCCAUCGUCGGUGUUAUACACCGUCAAACAGCCCCAGUGGGUGCUAUUCUCUGAGGUGGUCCACACCAGUCAGCCGUUCAUGAAGGACCUGACCGUCAUCGACCCUGCCUGGCUGACGGAGCUGGCGCCGCACUUCUAUCAAGUCGGCACCGUGGGCGAUUCGUGAUGGGAUGGGACGGCUUAGGACGUCAUAGGAUAGGGUGGGACUAAACCAGACGGGACGCAACCUAGCGAGACCGAGUGUUGAUGGGACAAGGCGGGACUGAGGAGGUGGCAUACUGGCUGGCGGCACAUAAAUGUGAUAGCUCGAGGUAGCAUCGCAGCUUCUCUGAAAGGUGUAAUGUGAAGAGUACUUGUUUUUUUUUUCCUUGUGCCUGAUGCCAGGGGCGACAAAUGGAAUUGCCCAAACUGCAAAGAAUACUGUGUUUCGUGGAUUCAUGGGAAGUCGAGUAUAUGCCAGUUGAACUGUAAGUGUUGACAGUGUCCGUAUUUAUGCAUUGUAAUGCAUACGUGUCUCAUCGCUGAUUUUUACCUCCUCUCAUCGAAUAUGGGUCGUGCCUGCCAUCAUUGUCACAUGUGAUAUGUUUGUUGUCUCUCAUCAGCUCACAAAAAGGCAUAUACAUUUUUGCUAUUCAA